AUGUCGAACUUGUACGAUGUCUUGGGUGUCGACAACGAGGCGGAGGAUGACGCCAUCGCAAAGGCGUACCGCCGCCAAUCCAUGGCGUACAACCCACAGUGCAACCCCAACCACCCUGACCCAAAGGCGCUCGAGAAACAGUUUAAGCACGUGUCCCAGGCAUACGUGGUGCUAUCCAAUCCCAAGGCACGAGGCAUCUACGACAUGUACGGUGAGGAGGGUGUGAGACACGGUGGGACAAGUCAACAAGGCGUUCCCGGAGGCAUCGACCUUGAUGCCGUUGAUCCCUAUGAAGUAUUUCGUCGCUUUUUUGGUGUGGACAACCCCUUUCAGGUAAUUGGUGACAUCAGUGGGCUACGCAACAACCAACACAAUUUCUUUAGUACCAGUGCUGUCAUCCCGAAAACCCUUGCAAAGGUUGAGCCUAUUGAGGUCUCCUUGCCAGUGACGCUAGAGGACGUGUUCUAUGGUGCGAUGUGUCGUGCCACUUGGCAGUGCCGCCUUUUCCAUCAUGGACAAGAAACCAUUACGGAGGAAUGCUUUAAUCUUCGUGUGCCGAGGGGCGCCCAUGCUGGUGACAGAUUUGUCGUGGACGGAAAGGGCAACUGGAGGGAGGGAUUUGCAAGGGGGGAUGUGGUGGUGGUGCUGGAGUUGCUGCCCCAUGACCGUUUUCGGCGUGAAGGGGACGACCUUGUCGUUGUGAUCCCCAUCACGCUUAGCGAGGCGCUCUGCGGUGUCACGCUGAAUGUAAAAACAAUGGAGGGGGUCGACAUCACCGUUCUUAUUGAUGAGAUUGUGCACCCCAGGUACCGCCGUCGCGUUGCAGGUCAGGGUUUACCGCGCAAUGAAGAUCUCUCCAACCCGCGUGGAGAUCUCAUCGUGGAGUGUGACACAAAGUUCCCUGGUUUCUUAACCCUAGAGCAGAGGGCGGAGUUGCGUCGCAUCCUUGAGGUGAAGUGA